GAGUUGUUCAAAAAUACAGUCUUGAGUGGUGGAAUUAACUUUAGUUUACCAGGGGUGUUGGGAAAAAGCUCAGGGCAUAUAGGAUACAGAGCACUUCUUAGGUUUACCGGACUACAGGGCUAAGCAAGAAAAUAUAAUGUGAACUUAGUUAGGCUAUGUUGUUAUAGUAGUACUGUAGGUAGGGGCCGUUCUGAUCCACACUCCAGUCUAGAAGGUGGCGGUAAUGCGCCUAAAGCUGUUUGCCAACCGCCAUUAAGCAACAGAAGACGAAAUCGUCGAACUUCCCGAUGACGGUUUUCCGUUCUGUAUUUUUAUGUAAACACAAGAAGCUAACAUACAAUCAGACGUACAAAUCACCCUACUGUUACGGUUAAAAUCUAUGUCAUCGACUGUUGUACCAGCGGUACUGUAGCUCAGUACUGGGCGUUUAUACCGUCAAGUUAGCGACAUUUCUGCUCCUCGAUUCUCCGCCAAGAUCCUCACGGAAUGACAACAAACUAUCAGCUAACGACUAGCUAGGCUAAGCUAACCUCAAGCCAGAGCGGUAGCCAGUUAGCUUAGCUGCAACUGACGCUUGCUAAGUGUCUGUUACGCUCAGAAAGAAGUGGACACUCUCAUGGUGGUCUCAGUUCAAUGGGGAACUGCCUGUUUUCACAAGGUGCGGAUGACUUGUCAUUGUUGAACGAGUCCGAGGGGGGCAGUCUGCCCGGAGAGCCUCCGCCGCCCUACCAGGAGCACACCCAACCACCAGUGCCAGUGUACCAUCCCACCCCCGGUGAGAGUCGUCUGGCCAGUCAGCUGACUGAGGAGGAGCAGGUCCGCAUUGCCCAGCGCAUAGGCCUCAUCCAGCACCUGCCCAGAGGCGUGUUCGACCCUGGCUCCGAUCCCUCUGACAAGAAAGUUAAAGAGUGUGUGAUCUGCAUGAUGGAUUUUGAUUACGGCGAUCCCAUUCGGUUCUUGCCCUGCCUUCACAUCUACCACGUGGACUGCAUUGACCCCUGGCUGAUGCGCUCCUUCACCUGCCCCUCCUGCAUGGAACCGGUAGAUGCAGCCCUGCUGUCUACUUAUGAAACCAACUGAGUAGCCCCCCGAUGGCUGCUCCUGCCUGAAGUAACUGCACCUUUUUAGACAAAACUGUCCUAGCUGGUCGAACAAGUAGCCAAGGUAAUGUGGCAUUAUGCAGCUGUUUAGAGGGUGUUUUACAAUGCAGAUACAUAUUGAAAACUGUGCCCUACAGUACAUUGCUUAGGUCUAAUAUGCACCUUUUUGGGCUUUGGAAACUCCUUGCCUUUUACAGUAGGAUGAUGUGCCAAAUCAAGCUAGGUGAACAGCACGGAAAGCUGUACAAGUAGCAAAAUAUUACAGCAAAGGAAUUUCAUUUUUGUCUGACUGACAGUUAAUUUAUUUUUUUUGUGAUAGUUAAAUGCAUGUCACCAAUGUCAUUUACUUCCCUUCUCAAGAUGUAAUGUGCAAUAUAUUAUAUCAGUGGAGAAAAAGUAGGAAAUUUGUCUUGGUCAAGUGGGCGUCAUCAUUGACAGAAUAUCCACUGAAAACAUUAAGUGAAGUUAAUGUGUUUGACAAUGAACCCAAGACCCUGAAUGUCACAGAAACAGCAGGCCUUGCUACUGAAAUGCAACCACAAAAACACAGAAAAAAAUAACAGGUUUUUCUGAACAAAUAUAUGCUAUGAGGUCGUACGACCAUUUAUGAGAUAAGAUGGUGUAAUUUCAGCUUUUGAAGAUAUUCAGAGUGUGAUUCGGUUUGAGUUGUCUAGGGUUGUCUGGUGCAUACUGUAGGAUUCCUUUCAAGCUGCUUUUAUAAAUGUGGAUCUGUAUUUUUUUCCUUUCCACAUUGUGAAUCCUGUCUUUUGCUUUUCCUUGGUUUUGUGCUCUUUGUUUAAAAAAAAUCAGUCCUCAGUGUGUUCCUUCCUUUGUUCAUAGUCGAUGGCAUUUGCAAAGACAAGAUAUGCUGUGCAAUCCCCCUUAAAGCACCUUGAGAUACCCAGUCAUCUGGCUCUCUGUAGUUUGUAGAUUUCAUAGAUGAUUGAGUGUUUUGAUGUGUACGUGUGUGUGUUUUGAGGGGAUAGUGGUAGAGAUCGGCAUGUUGAGGUUAACAAUGUGAACUAACCCUGUUGGUUGUAAACUUCGUUGUAGUUACCUCUCUGUUUCUAGUGUGAAGCUGUUGGAUGUUUUAUGGCAAGUGAUGCAUUUCCAGAGCUCCUGGUAUCUUUUGAUAUUAGACGCGUAGUCUCUGAUGCUGACAGAGCAAUGUAUAGCACAAAUAAGCAAAAUGGUGAAAGAGAAGCUACAGCAGUAAAAAGAAUGUAACUUGAUUGUUUCAGCUUUCAAAGAUGGGAUUACUCAGGCUGCUGUGCCUUUUGAGGUUGAGCUAAGCCAAUUCCAGUGAAGUACAAUCAGAUCCAACAUGACUUGUGUUUUUCUUUUAGCUGUCCUCUAGGGGUGAGACAGAUACCAGCGCUGAUUUGUGUCACUAUCAAACAGGUCUAGAGUGAAGUCCACAAGUUUGCUCUGGCUGCUGGCAACAAUCAUUUUGUCUUUUAAUUUAUAAUGUGUGCCACCACAGCACAGGUUUUAGGAAAAUUGUGAAAACACAAUAAAAGUGGAUACCAAAUUUUA